CGCGCUAUCAACAAAGAAGGCCACCUGUUAGCCAAAUCAACAUCAAAUAUAUCGGGGGGGAGAAAAAGUCCACCCACAUCACGACCACCCCUCACCCCUAGCCUCUACACACGAGACCUCAACGCCCCACGGCAAUCAUGCUCUCCGGCAUUCAAAAUGUCCGGCAAACCGCCGCCCAGAUCCUGAAUUUCGGGCUGGUGCUUAGCACCGCCUUUAUGAUGUGGAAAGGUCUCUCCGUGCUCACCAACUCCCCCAGCCCGAUCGUCGUCGUCCUCAGCGGCUCAAUGGAGCCGGCCUUUCAGCGCGGCGACCUCCUCUUCCUCCGGAACAACCAGCCCAUGCUGAACGUGGGGGAGAUCGUGGUGUAUCAGGUGAAAGAUAAGGAGAUUCCGAUCGUACAUCGGGUGGUGCGACAGUUUGGUGAUGAAUCCAACUCGAAACUUCUCACAAAGGGUGACAACAACAUCGCCGAUGAUACGGAACUCUACGCGCGUGGGCAGGAUUACCUCGACCGCGAUGAUGUCGUUGGCAGUGUGUUUGGGUACAUUCCGUUUGUCGGGUACGUGACCAUUCUUCUGUCGGAGCAUCCGUGGUUGAAGACGGCUAUGCUGGGAGUGAUGGGGGUGUUGGUGUUGUUGCAGAGGGAGUAAGGUCGGGAGUUUAUACAGUGUAUGGGUAUGGGCCGUGUUUUCUUCGAGCUUCUCAGGUUUAAUGCAUGCUCUUUGAGAAAGAUUUCUUUUGGGUCGGAGUAGGGAAGGAUGAUAUGUAGGAACAACAUGGAUGCGAUGCAAGCCUCGGAUCUGAGCUCACCGAGAUUCAAGCGC